AUGUCGCGCACGCAUAAUAUCGAGGACUACCGUAACUUCGGCAUCAUGGCUCACAUCGAUGCUGGCAAGACCACUACGACCGAGCGGAUCCUCUACUACACUGGCAAGAGCCACAAGAUCGGCGAAGUUCAUGAUGGUGCCGCCACCAUGGACUGGAUGGAGCAGGAGCAGGAGCGUGGCAUCACGAUCACCUCUGCUGCAACCACCGCUUUCUGGAACGACAAGCGGCUGAACAUCAUCGACACCCCGGGCCACGUUGACUUCACCAUUGAAGUUGAGCGUUCGCUCCGUGUUCUCGACGGCGCCGUUGCUCUUCUGGACGCUAACGCCGGUGUCGAGCCGCAGACCGAAACUGUCUGGCGUCAGGCCGACAAGUACAACGUCCCGCGGAUGAUCUUCGUCAACAAGAUGGACAAGCUGGGCGCCGAUUUCGAUCGCUGUGUCACCAUGAUCAAGGAACGCCUUGGCGCGACUCCGCUGGUCAUGCAGCUGCCGGUUGGCGCCGAGAGCGAAUUUGCCGGCUGUGUCGACCUUCUUAAAAUGAAGGCUCUGAUCUGGCAGGCUGAAAAUCUUGGUGCUGCCUGGGAUGAAGUCGACAUUCCUGCCGAUCUUGCCGAUCGUGCGCAAGAGUUGCGCGACGCUAUGAUCGAGACUGCCGUCGAAGUGGACGAAGAGGCAAUGGAAGCUUACCUGGAAGGUGAAGAGCCGACCAUGGAAAAGCUGAAAGAGCUGAUCCGCAAGGGUACCAUCAGCGGCGAAUUCGUUCCGAUCUUCUGUGGUUCCGCAUUCAAGAACAAAGGUGUGCAGCCACUGCUGGACGCAGUUGUCGACUUCCUGCCGAACCCGGUCGAAGUGCCGGCGAUCAAGGGCAUUGACCCGAAGACCGAAGCUGAAGUCGAGCGGAAGUCCUCGGACGAAGAGCCGCUUGGCCUGCUGGCGUUCAAGAUUGCAAACGACCCGUUCGUCGGCUCGCUGACGUUCUGCCGCAUCUAUUCCGGUGUUCUGAACAAGGGUACGUCCCUUCUCAACACGGUGAAAGACAAGCGUGAACGCGUUGGCCGCAUGAUGCAGAUGCACUCCAACUCCCGCGAGGACAUUGAUGUUGCAUAUGCAGGCGACAUCGUUGCUAUUGCGGGUCUGAAGGACACGACGACAGGCGACACGCUGUGUGAUCCGCUUAAGCCGGUGAUCCUGGAGCGCAUGGAAUUCCCCGAGCCGGUCAUCGAGAUCGCGGUCGAGCCGAAAACCAAGGGUGACCAGGAAAAGAUGGGCCUUGCCCUGAACCGCCUGGCAGCCGAGGAUCCGUCCUUCCGCGUGAAAACGGACGAGGAAUCCGGUCAGACUAUCAUCGCCGGAAUGGGCGAGUUGCACCUUGAUAUCAUCGUCGAUCGCAUGAAGCGUGAAUUCAAGGUCGAAGCGAAUAUCGGUGCACCUCAGGUUGCUUAUCGCGAAACAAUCACCAAGGUUGCCGAUGUGGACUACACCCACAAGAAGCAGUCCGGUGGUUCCGGUCAGUUUGCUCGUAUCAAACUCACCAUCGAGCCGGCAGAGCCGAACGAAGGUUAUGUCUUCGACAGCAAGGUUGUCGGCGGUAAUGUUCCGAAAGAAUACAUUCCGGGCGUUACCAAAGGUAUCGAGAGCGUCAUGUCCUCUGGACCGUUGGCUGGUUUCCCGAUGCUCGACAUCAAGGCAACUUUGACCGACGGUGCAUACCACGAUGUCGACUCUUCUGUUCUGGCCUUCGAGAUUGCCGGUCGUGCCGGCUUCCGCGAAGCCAUUCAGAAGGCUGGCCCGAAAUUGCUCGAGCCGAUCAUGAAAGUCGAGGUUGUCACCCCGGAAGACUACAUGGGUGACGUGAUUGGUGACCUGAACUCCCGCCGCGGCCAGAUCGCGGGUACGGAGAACCGGGGCAUCGUGACAGUCAUCACCGCAAUGGUUCCGUUGGCCAACAUGUUUGGUUACGUGAACAAUCUGCGUUCCAUGUCUCAAGGCCGCGCACAGUAUUCGAUGGUGUUCGAUCACUACGAGCAGGUGCCGCAGGCUGUCGCCGAAGAGGUUCAGGCGAAAUACGCCUGAACCUGACCUCUUAACGUCAAGAAGAAAUAGAGAAACGGAGUAAUCCGAUGGCGAAGGAAAAAUUUGAGCGCAACAAGCCGCACGUUAACAUUGGCACGAUUGGCCACGUUGACCAUGGCAAGACGACGCUGACUGCUGCAAUCACGAUGACGCUUGCCGAAACUGGCGGCGCCGAAGCAAAAGCCUAUGACGAGAUUGACGGCGCGCCUGAAGAAAAGGCACGCGGUAUCACGAUCUCCACGGCCCACGUUGAGUAUGAGACGGAAAACCGUCACUACGCUCACGUUGACUGCCCGGGCCAUGCC